GUUUUUAAAAUAUAGUAUGGGAGGAAAUCCAGGAAUGUGAUGUCAUCAACAGAGCGAUGAGUCUGCUGUGUUCAGGGAGGGGCAGUAAAACCAUAAGUUAGACUCAUUCAUACUAGAGAAGGAGCUGUUACCAGAGACGUGUUGCACUUCACUCAUUUGUAUCUGCUCAGUGGUGAAUUUUCAGUCAAGCUUUUCCUCUCCUCUGUGCCACUGACCCCCAGCUGUACAUGGAGCUGUGUGUAUGUGUGGCAAGCCAGAUAUAUGUCUCUGAAAACCCUUUUGGCCACUGACAGCACUUAAAGCAAACCAGAAAUGGUUUCCAUCACAGCUGAAAAUGUUACGCAGCUGUACAACAUGACUACCCAGAAGCUCACAGUCAGCCCAGAAUAUUUCCACAAUAAUUCAGGAGUGCAUCAGAUAGAUCAAUAUGAAUGUGUUAGUGCAGACGUGUGGAAAUGGCUACAGGAUUUUCAGCCUGGAUUUCUCUGGUUUAUAUUUAUUCUGGGAUCAAUAGAAAAUUCCUUUGUGCUCACCGUCCUGUGUUUCCACAAGAGUAGCUGCACAGUGGCUGAAAUUUACCUAGCAAACAUGGCAUUUGCUGACCUGAUGUUGGUCUGUACUUUACCUUUCUGGGCCAUUAAUAUUUCUAAUAAUUUUCAUUGGCCUUUUGGCCAGUUUCUCUGUAAAGCCAUCAACAUUAUGAGUUACAUGAACUUAUAUUCUAGCAUUUAUUUCCUGACACUAGUGAGCAUUGACCGCUACCUGGCCUUAGUGAAAACCAUGUCCCUUGGACGCAUGAGACGAACCGUCUGUGCCAAAUGGAAUUGUUUUGUAAUUUGGACAUGUGCACUGCUCCUGUGUUCACCUACAAUGGUGUUUCGAAAUUUGCAUUAUUUUGAAGACUACAACAUCACAGCCUGUGUUCUUCUUUACCCAGCUAGCUUCUGGGAGCCCACAAACAACUGCUUGCUGAAUGUUGUGGGGUUUGUGAUCCCAUUCUGUGUAAUUACCUAUUGCACUGUGCAAAUCAUCAAAGCCUUACGAAGCAGUGAGCUACGAAAAAUGAAGGUAGUCCAGACAGAGAGGAAAGCCACCAUGCUGGUCUUUGCUGUGCUUCUGCUGUUCAUCAUUUGCUGGCUUCCAUUCCAGAUCAGCACAUUCAUCGACACAAUCCGUUACUUCUCACCCACUCUCAAAUGCCUGGAGGACAUCAAUGACAUACUGACCCAGAUAGCCACGUACUGCUCCUUUAGCAACAGCUGCUUGAACCCGGUCCUGUAUGUGAUUGUUGGGAAAAACUUCCAGAAGAAGGCUGUGGAAUUCUACAAGGACUUGUUCACAAAGAGGUGCAGAAAAUCACAGUCUGUGCAGAUGGAAAACUCCCUGGACACUUUAAGAACUUCCAUUUCAAGCGAAUAUCCAAGGAAAAAGUCUGUUGUGUCAUUACCCCAAUAGCAUAAUUUUAGGAAAUCCUUGAAGGAAGAAAGCCUUCUAACAUGUCAAUCUCCACUCAUAUCCAUCUGCUAUGGGUCCACAGAGUAAACAUGUGGUAGUGUUCAUUACGUGAGGGAAAAGAGUUGUUUGAUCUUAGUGGAAAUUCCAUAAAGAGACCUGCUUCUAAUGUUACUGGAUGUUUUCUGUGAUUGAAUCCUAUUUUGUAGCUUUCUUAUAUUUUCAUGGCUGAAUGAUACUUGGCACAUGCCUCACUUGAAUGAUUUUCUAAGGUGUACAUACAGUUCUCCAAACAGAGCCCCAGUACAGAAGCAAUUGUCAGGAUUGUGCAGCUACAUAUGGUACCCUUAAUAGUGUGUUAGAUAAGGUUUUUGAUCUGGGAGGGACUUGCAUCUGAGUAAGUUCUGUUAAGUGAAUCCUGUAGGAUGCAUUUUUAGAUGUGUCCGUCUUUUGGGAUUUAACUUCUCUCUUCAGUCAUCUGAAACUAUCUGAUUUUUUCAUUAACAAGCAGUGCCUUUUUGCAACUGCUCCAGUUAGUUACAGAUUUACAUGAGCAAGUAGGUAUGAAAAGUAGCUGAAAAAAAGGUAAAGCAAUAGUGGAAGGGAACCUGCAUGAAGUUAGCUGAGUUUUCUUCAUAGAAGAUUCUUUACCCCUUCUACCUUGGAGUGAAAGCAUUCACUUACUCUUUUUGAGUGAGCAAAUGCUAUUUAUAUUCAUGCUUACACUUCAGGUCAGAGACUCAGGUUUUUGGUAUUCACAAAGCAUAAUUAAUGUUAUUCAAUGGAUAUAUAAAAUCUCAGCACAACUUGUAUAAUCUCACAAACAGAAGAAACUGAGAAUAUGAAGGAGAGUAUCACCUAACUCCAUUAGAAAUCUAACUGAAGAUAACAGGGGUCUUGAAAGCUCAGACUAUUCAAGUAUUCAGAUUCUAGUAAUACCUACAUUUUAUUUGUAGAGUUAAUCUGUGAGAUUUUAAUACAAGAUAGCUUUUCCCAGCUGGACUGUAUUUUUAAGCUAAGUUGAUUAUACACAUAAAGAGACUCAUAGUGUACUGAAUUGUCUGUAUGCACUUUAACCUCUAGGAACCUUGAUCAAAACUGAGUGGAAGAUUAUCAAAGUUAUGCUGAAACUAACAGUCUUCAUUCUUUUCAAAGCACUUAAGGUUACAGCUUCUAAAGCUACCAAGGGAAAUGGAGUUUGGUGACAUGAGUAAACUCAGAUGGCAACUACAUGGUCUUUAUCUGUCAGAGCUUGAAUGGAGCAAUAAACUUCCUUUAAGAUGGGAAAUUUGUAUUAAACCUUCAAAUAACUAAACCACAAAAUAUAAGUGUGCUGAUGUGAUUUAAAGACUAAGGGAUUUAGAUCACUGUAUAUGAUUUGAAGGCAAUUUCCAUGGUUUUUCUUUGAUAGGCCAGUAUAAUCCUAUGUCGUAAAUACUUCUAUUGCUCAUCCUUUUUAUUGUCUGAAGCAAUGGGGACAACUAUGAUGAAACACUUCAAGGCUUUCUGUUAUAUCCAGUGUUAUCAUACUGUCACAUCCAUGAGCAUGCUGUUCAUGCAACCCUUACACAAAAGGAGCUCCAUACAGAGGUUAUUGAGGCAACAGAAGUUAUUUUUGAGUAUUUGGUACUGAGAAGUAAAAUAUGAAAAUGUUAUUAUGUUAAUAUCACAUUAAUUUAAAUAAUGUAAUUAUACAGGCACCUUUUUUUUUGUUAUGAAGUAAGCAUAUACAAAAGAAAAUAAAGUACUUUGAGAAAUUAGAUUUCCUGGCAUUUUCUUCUCUAGCCUGCAUCCUGUUACCAAGGAAUUAUUUGUCAGAAGUUCAGCUGUUCCAGGUGCUUGGCUUCCCAGUACACCAAAGGAAAGUGAGCUGAAACAACACAAUUUUAGCUGCUUUGAGAUCUUUCUUUUCAGGUCCCAUUUCUGAGUGCUGUUGACCACCCUCCGUCCCAUUGGAAGUUUAAAUCAGAAGUAAGGCAGCUAAGGGUACUGAAAUAUUUCUGGUAGCUUUUCUCUGCCUGCUGACAGCUCAAGGUGCUAUGCAGACACCAGCAACAAUGGAAAGCCCCUGCAGCAGCUUCUGCACACCACAGAACAGACAGUGUCAGCUCACAAAUUGUUUCAUUACCAUUUUCCUGACUCUUCAGUGUGAUGACACGUUAGUGGUAUUCACAUGAACCAUUUAUACACGCAAGAAAAAAACCCAAGAAACAAAGUGUAACAACCAAGCUACAUCUGACCUACUGAUUGUUUCCAGUCACACUUGGCUCCCUUCUGUUCUACUGAAACAUGACAAAAUAUGAAAAGGACUUUUGCUAAUAUGAGGUCAGACUCUGUCCAGAGAAUUUCAGAGCUGAAGAUGGCAAACAGUAAUCAUCUCUUUUUAUUCUUCUUUAUCCUGUCCCCUUUUUACCUCUGCUCCCAUCUUCUCUCUUACUGAGGCUGCCACAACUGUUAUCAAGACUUUGGCAUGCAAAGAGCUCAUUCAGUCUGACAGAGGUGGGGACCAUGGCCAGAGGAAUGGUAAGGAUAUCAACAACCAGAUGAUAUUUCUGGCCUUCAGCAUUUACAGACAGGAAUUAUUCUCAUUUCUCCGCUCUCUCAUUUUUCACAUGGAUUAUUGCCUUCACUUUAAAAAUUAAGAGUUUAGGAGCUGUCACACAAGCUGCAGGUGCUUGCUGCAGACAGGAGAAAUUUGCUCUUUUUUAGACAGGGUUUCAGUGGAGGAGUUAGGAUCUUGGUUCAGUUCUCCCAAAUCCCUAAGCAGUCUUUAGCCAUUGAAUCAUCUUUCCAUUCCAUUCAACCUAUAUUGGCUCCUUCAUAUUUUGCUGUUUCAAACUCUGUAAACUGUAGUUAAUAGGGCUUGAUUAUUAGCACACUGUGGUGGUACCAGCAUCAUUCUUUAGGAAUUGUAAAUAACUGCACCAGAGUUUUAGCUCUCCUUAGCACUCUGUAUAGUGUAUAUAAAAAAAUCCAACAAAGUUGAACAAAGAGUUUUACCUCAAAAGGUCAUGUCAAAAACCUUCUCUGCUGUUACAGAACAGAUGAACAGUUAUAGCAGAUAAUUAGGCUGAUUUGCCAAACAUUUCAGUAAAGAAAACAAAAUCAUUAAAACAUGCUGAUGCAAAAAGAUAAUUUGUCCCAAUCAUUAAAGGCUCCAGCCAUCUUAAAAGGAAGAUUUUUAAUGGCUGAACUGUUGGACCAAGAGCCAGAACUCUGGACACCUUUGGGAUUUUUAACAUUUGUCUACCUUGUAAUGUGUGUGAUAAUUAAGAGUCUUACCUCUAAGUUCAACACAGCUCUAAAAAUG